UCGAGAUUUAAUCCGAACAAUGAGUAUAAUAGUAUAAAAAAAUAGUUGAAAGUCAGAUAGCGUUGAGUCAUUUCAAUUACUUACAGUGUUGUGGAAAAAAGAUUGUCAAAAAUGGGUAAAAAACGAGAUUUUGGGGAGUACAAUCCGAGCCCAAAGAAUCGAGUAGCAUCAGUCUACCUCCCUUGGUUGGCUGGUGUUUCUUUUGUUAUGUUUGUUGUUGGUAUCGUGAUAUGCGUAUGUGCAGGUUUGAUGAGAGUCUACAACGAUGAUUUAAAUGAUCUGCUUUUUCAAGUUUGGGUUGGAAUUCCGCUUGUCGUUGUGAGUGUGUUGGGAUUCACCAGUGUCAUCACAAGAGCAAAAGAAGUGGUUAAUGUUUUGGCACUGCUGUCUCUGCUAACUAUGGCUGUGUGCGGAUUUGGAGCUGUUACAGGUGGUCUCACAUACUGGGAAGAUCAAUGGCAACUAGUGAAAGAGUUACUUAAUGAUAAUAAAUGCUCGGUUCAAGCAAGUGCUUGCCAAUGCAAUGUUGAUAAUGAUGUGUUACCUAUGCCAAUGAGAGUGGAUAGUUGUACAAAUUUGGAAAGGGUUGUAUUUUUGUAUAUCACGAUGUUUUCACUGGAUGCGUUUGGUGUGAUUCUAUCCUUCCUAACACUUCUUAUGUCCAUGAUGGUCAACUGUUGCGGAGCCUGGACGUAUUUACCGUGGUACGAUCGCAGAAUUGAUCCAGAUAAUGGCGUCAACGAAAAGUAUGUCCAAAGAGAGGCUGGAUUUGUGAAUGGAGGAUAUAAGCACUAAUAACGUAAAAUUUUGAAACACAGGCACUUCUUUGCAAAAAACUUUAUAAAUGUAAUUCUUCUAUUUCUUUUUUACUCUUUGACUUUUGGUGUAUUUAAGACUACUCGAGGUUCUAAAAAUACAAUUCGUCUUGUUCCUGUGAAGCAAGGUGAUCUUUUUUCUUAACUAAAAUACAAAAACAUUUUAAGUGCUUCCUUUAAACCUUCUUAAAUGUAAUAAAUACUUCAAAUAUAUCGAACACUCAGGUCAAGCUUUUAUUUCCCUCAUUCUUAAGAUCUGUCAGCAGUGGUACAAAUUUUUUGAGCAACGUGCUCACUAUUUAUUUUUGUUCAAUAAAACAUUGAAAUCAUUGUUCAGA